AUGAAUGGAUCAGCAUCAUCAUCAUCAUCACCUUCAAAGAAGAUAAAGGUAGAAAAAACUGAAGAUACAAAUGAAAAACCAGUUACACCACCCAUGCGUGAGUGUGAGUUUUGUGGGAAGAAAUUCAGCUCCGGAAAAGCUCUUGGCGGCCAUAAAAGAUUCCACUUUCAACUUCUAAGAAAAGAGAGAGAAUCCGCCAACAAGUUGGCGGUUACUGGUGAUAAUUAUGGCGGCGGCGACGACAGAGGCAGCAACAUAAAGUUACUAUCCUCUUUGAAUUCUCCUAACAAGAAGCUACUUUGUUAUCUUUGCAACAAAGAAUUUUUAUCAGAGAAGUCGUUAUUCGGCCACAUGAGAUCUCAUCCUGGAAGAGAAUGGAAGGGUAUUCACCCUCCAAAUGAUGAUGAUAACGGAUUGAUGGAACCUGUGGCGGUUUCACCAAUAACAUCAUCAUCAUCACCUUCGAUUGAUAUAUCAAAAUCGUUGCCACCAUCUUGGUUGAAGACCGGAAUUCGAGGUAAGAAAGGCAUUUUCGAUGAAAUUCUUGAAGGUGUUGUUGCUGUUAUGGAUGACAAAUCACAUGAGAAUAAUAAGAGUAGUUCCGAUCUACAAAAUAGGGGAAAAAUUGAGCAUGAUUAUGGUGAUAGAGAAAAAGAAAAAGAGGGUGAUUUGGUCAAAGAAGGGUGUAAUUUGAAGAAAAAGAAAAGAAUAUUAUCUAACAAUAUGAACGAUGAAAUUACAACUAAUAAGAAGAACACAAAGUUGAUAGUAAGACUCAAGACUCGUCCUCAAUACGAAGAAGAUAAUGUCGCCGAGGAUGAGAAAGGAUUUCAAUGCAACAUUUGUGACGAGUAUUUUGCAACAAUUCAAUCUCUAAGAGGACAUAGGUCAAACCACAACAAAGAGAAGAAAAGCAAGAGUCACAAGAAUGAUGGUGAUGAUAAUGAACAAAUAAGGUAUUUAGAGAAUACUACAGAAGAAUCAAGUGAACCUAGUUCAAAAAUUCUUAGAGAGUUUGAUUUGAAUGAGCUACCUGAGAAUAAUAAUAUAGAAGAUGGAGGAAGUUAG